CUUCAGACACGGCAUAAGCUUUACAACAAAACUAAACAAAAUAAAUCACUAUGUCAUCAACAGUUUCUAAGAUUUUAUUCAUUUAUGGAAUUCAGUUAUUAUGUUUGGUAAUUUUUAAAUGUACCGCAGAUGAGGCUUGUGAAACUAUUCCAACUGAAAUACACGUGACUAAAGAGGAGUAUGACGAUAUGGGAAGAUUAGUGCGAUCAUGCAGUGGUGAGGUCAGUGUAAAUAAGUGUGAGGGUAUGUGCAGUAGUCAAGUACGACCAUCCAUUUCUGCCCAAACCGGAUUUUCUAAGGAUUGCUACUGCUGUCGUGAAAACUACUUGCGGGAACGGUUGGUUACGCUAACCCAUUGUUACGACCCUGAUGGUGUAAGACUUGAAGAUGAAGACAGUGCAAUCAUGGAAGUACGACUGCGUGAACCUGACGAUUGCAAGUGCUACAAAUGUGGAGAUUACAGCCGCUAAUAUGGUUUAUACAAACCUACUUUUGUAUUUUAUGAUGUAACAAAAUAAUGGCCCAUUCUUUUAUGAGGACUAUUGAGAAAUCUAAACUAUUUACCCUGGGUUAGAUAGCAUAUUUGUAAAAAAAAC